AUGUGUCGUGUGCGUGAUCCGUUAACGAUCGGCAGUAGUCAAAUGUUGAAGGAGUGCCUGUACGAGAUAUACCCGGUCGAGAGCACACAGAACACGGAUGCUGGUGGACACAUGCUGUACGCGAGCGAUGAACGACGCAAUCGUCUGUUCUCGCUGUACGGUGGUCCGAGCUCGUGCGAGUACUUCGGUACGAUGAUUCAGACGGCGAAGGGGCGCGACACGCUGGUGGAGACGAUCCGUCGCCAGCUGCAGAAGAGUGGCUUCAAGGGGCUGGAUCUGCAGUGCGAUCCGGUGCAGGCUCGCGUCACCCAGCAGACGUACGCGGAGUUUAUGGAGCAGCUGCGCAGCUUCCUGGGCAACACGUACGUGGUGAUGGUGACAAUGAACAGCUGCCAGCUGGAGCCGAAGCUGGUGGAGACACUGAACCGAGUGGCGGACUUUGUCACGAUCAACCAUGUCGGACAGUCCUCGAUGCUAUCCAGUGCGCUGAUGUACGGUUUGGCCAGACAUCGUCUGCUGCUGACGACACCAUCGCCAGCCUCGAUCAGCUGUCCGCUAAACAGCGACUACUCGCUGAACGAGGUGCUGAGCCAGAUCGAGCAGCAUCAUCUGUUCGGAGCAGUCGUUGAGCUUGAUCGGGACGAUGUGAACAAUCAAUGCGGCGAAGGUCCUUUCCCGCUGUUCCGCAAGGUGCUGGAUCGGCUCUGCUCGAAUGCUGAGUGUAACUUCAGUGGAUUCGUGCGGGAUACGCGCAACUGUGGCCAGUACUACUCGUGUGUCAAUGGACACAAGCAAACCCAUCACUGCCCGGUUGGUCAUUCGUUCGAUCUGUGUCAAAGCAGUUGCCAGCCAAUCCUGCAGGUAAACUGCAACAGCACGACGUGCGUCGUCACUGGCAGCUUGCCCAACGGUCUGACGCCCAUCCGGUUCCCGAUUCCGUUCCCGAACCCCAAUGCCAACUGCCCGAUGGGAGGCGGCGGUGGCAACAACGGUGGAGGCGGCGGUAACAAUGGUGGAGGCGGCGGUAACAACGGAGGCGGCGGAGGCAAUAACCAGACGUCGAACUGCUGCUGCGAUGUGCUGCGCAAUCUUACAACAUUCAUCAAUGGCACCGCCCAGUUCUCGCAGUUCAUAGAGUUUGUGAAGGAAAUCGGGGUGGAUGGUACGGCGGGCCAAGUUCGUACCGCGCUGUCGAGCAUCACCGGUCCACUGAAUAACAUCGUUCAGGUGGUGAACAACAUCCUCGGAGGUUUACUGAAUGGGCAGCAGCAACUGAAUAACACGAUGAAUGGCAUGAACAAUAUAGGCGUUACUACCGGUCUGUUGGAUCAGUUACUGAAUCUGUUGAAAACACUGCUCCAAAAUUUGUUAGGUGGUGGUGGUGGUGGAGCAGCACCAGCUAGUGGUAGUGGACUACCUCUCGCUGGUAAUGUUGUGCCUGGUACUGGUGGACUACCUGCCGUUAGUAAUGUUAUGGCUGGAGGCACUGGAGUACCGGUCGUUAGUGCGGUUGCGCCUGUUGCUAGUGGCGAUCCUACAAACCUUGUUCCAGCAGCCGGUACAGCAAAUCUGGCGGGUAGUUUAGGACUCCUGUAA